AUGCCGCGCACAAGGGCAGGUCUACCAGUGCCUAGCCCUCCAGAGCCUAGAGGGCCUAUUUCUACUGCCCCUAGGCCUCCUCCUCAGCCUCCAAAUGACCAGCCAAGACGCAAGAACUGCGAAUUAGAUGUGAAUCUACGCACUCAGAUUACUACAUUAAAAGACGUCGCAAAGUGGUCUUACCGUCAGAUGCAUGAGAAAUAUCCACAUAUACCGCCGUCAACUAUCAAAAUGACGUGCUUUCGGUCUCGAAUUCGACACAAGGAAGAGUCACGGGAACGAUCUGGGCGCCCAAAGAUCUUAGAUGAUGAUGACCGUCAGAAGAUCCUUCAAAAGAUCCACGAGAAUCCACGAUCUUCGUACGAUGAUCUACUCUCUGAGGUUGAUCAUAAGUGCAAGGACCUAUCAGAAAGUAUGUCACGUAGGCUAGAUGUGUAUACAUGCGAGCGUAUAUGCGAGCUGAAAUUUACACUGAAAUGGGGUGCGCGCCGAAUCCAGAAGUAUCGAUUUCCUGAUAUCCCUCUAUCAACUAUCUCAUAUACUCUGACUAUGAAGAGAAAGCGUAUGAAUGGCGCGUCUUUAGCACGCGCUGGCCCUCCACGUAAGCUUUCUGAAGAGGAUAGAGAUCGAGUUUACGAUGCAAUUCAGACAAAUCCUUCUAUCACACGCGAAGAUCUAUUGAAAGAGGUAGAUUAUAAGGUCAAAACCUCUUCAAUCUGGCGGUUAACGCAUGAGAUGGGUCUCCGGAAGUGGCGUAAGAUGGAUAGACCCUAUCUUACACCUGAACACGCGGCAGAACGUCUCUCUUGGGCUCUUACCUAUCGUCACUACACACCAGAAGACUGGAAGCGAGUCUUUUGGUCUGAUGAGACUACAAUCGAGCGAGGGCAAGGUGCGCGAAAGGAGUGGACCUUUAUUCCGCCAUGGCAACAGCUUCAGGAACGUUCAGAGGGCGUUCAAAUGUCUCUAUCAAAGGGAAAACAGAUAAAGCAGAUGUUUUGGGCUUGUUUCGCAGGUUCACCUCGAAAGACUGGCCUAAUUCCUCUAUACGGAGAUCCGGAAGCAGAAAAAAAGGGUAUUACAAAGGAGGUUAUCCACGACCUCUACCAAAGAAUCCUACCGACCUUAUUAGAUAACGAGGACGCGAUAUUUCAACAUGAUAAUGCGCCUACGCAUACUGCAUUGAUUGUACGUGCUUUACUGCGAGAGUUGAAUAUCACG